AUGAUUUUAGCGGAAAUGAGACCUCCGAACAUAACGGAACAUCCGAUCGAUGUUUUAGUCGCUAAAAACGAACCCGUGACGUUAAAUUGCAAAGCGGACGGAAAACCGGAACCGGUUAUCGAAUGGUAUAAAGAUGGCGAAUUGGUGAAAGCCGAUGGUAAAAGUCAUAAAGUCCUUCUUCCGACAGGACAAUUAUUUUUUCUUAAAGUUGCUCACGGAAGAAAAGAACAAGAUGGCGGAGUUUAUUGGUGCGUUGCUAAAAAUUCAGCUGGAAUUGCGAGGAGUCAAAAUGCGACACUUCAAGUUGCAGGUAAAUUAUUAUUAUUAUUACUAUUAUCAUCAUACCUAACGACGCGAAUUUAA